AAACUUAUUAAAUAGAAAACUUGUUGCCAAAUCUGUGUUAUGGUUACCAUUUGAAUAGAUAUGGCUAGCAAAGGACAAAAGAAAAAGGAUUCUGGCCGAGCUUCUGCUGCUUCAAAAGAGGGUACAGCCAGUAGUGUGAAAGGAGUAGAGUCAAAAGUGACUGCAAGACAACAGUUUACAAUUUGGCCCGAGUGGAGUGAUGCUGAUGUCAAUUCAGAGAAAUGGGACUCUCAGCAAAAAGCAGGAGGAAAGGAGAAAGGAAAAAGCCCCAAUAUGCAAUUCUUUGACGAUCCUGAUGGCGUGCUGGAACUUCCACCAGCAUUAGAAGUUAGUCAAUGGAAGAGAUUGCACGAACAGUUCCAGGAUAGAAUCCCAGUUGUAGUGGAUGACCCCGGAGCCAUGUCUUUUGACCUUCUAACUGCCAAUGAGCACAUACACCAUUGCGAGACCAUCAGAUGGAUCAUAAGUCAGAUUACAGCCCUGUGGAAACUGAACGGUACUUCUAUGGCCUUUGUUCCGGAACUUGGAUCCAGCAGUCAGACAGAGUUCAUCAGCUGGAAACCAUGGGAACACAUUUACGCCAUGUCCAAGCUGGGAAAAGGUCCCCCUAAUCUGCCCCAGUACAACAACUAUGGCAAGUAUGUAGUCCGACUGUUCUGGAUGGGAUGUUGGCGCAAGAUUUAUGUGGACGACAGUCUUCCCUUCGACCAGCACAACAAUAUCCUUCUUCCCACCACCACGAAUACUUAUGAGUUAUGGCCCAUGUUGCUGUCCAAAGCCAUAAUUAAAGUGCUAUCCCUGGACUACAGUGCGGGUAACAUAGACUGUGAGUUUGGGGAGCAGAGCGUGAUGCAAUGUCUCACUGGGUGGCUGCCGGAACCAGUCCCCGUCAUGUCUUCUUAUAUGGAUAAGAUCUGGGACCUCUUGAAGACAUCCUGUCCUGAAUUCACAUUGCCAGACCCGAAUGAUCCGAAGCCAGGUGGAGACCUCUCUAACCAGUCCAGCGACAUUCCAGAUGGACUGAAGAAAGACAGCGAGGUACCAUUAGCAACUACCAAGGAAGCAGGAGCGUCAAAGGAUACCAAGAAAGGCGGAAAAGAUGGCAAGAAAGACAGAGGCGGCAUGACUACCCCCCUGCACGAUGGACACGGAGGGGGUAAAGGCCACAAGGGAGGCAUAGGCAAACAGGCCUCCCAAGUGUCCAUAGCCGCCUCCGAGAACCGAAUGAUGUUCGGCCUUGGUAACAGAUCUACAACCCCAUUCGAUUCAGCUGAGCCAGUGCGAGUUGAGAAGCCUCAAACUGUUGUGUUUGCGACAUACUACAACCCUCCUAGACUUCCAAGGACCUACUCGAAGUACAAGGACACUUCUGAUACCGCUGAAACUCUGCGCACAGUGGGUCUAUCUCACUCUCUGCCUCACCCCCUGCUGGUAACUAGAACCAGGAGCUGUCCCCUGGUCGCCCCACCUAUUCCUCCUCCGGAACCUGCCUGGAAACUGAUCAGGCAACCACGCAAGAAGAACUUCCAAAAUGUGUCAGAUCAGCCACCAGAAGAAGAGAAACUGAGGCCAGAACAAUGGGUGGAAAUAUCCUCUCCCUACCUGAACUACAAGUUAUCGCCGACAACGUUGCCGCGAGAAGUCACUGGUCGGCGAAGCUCCAGUAGAAGUCGUGAUGGCAGUCGUCCGUCGACCGCACCUCCAGUGCAAGAAGUAGAUGAGAACCCACCGCCGCCCAAAGCUGAGCACCCGAGUUCGAGCCCCGAUGGGGCCCCUGGCGUAAACAACAUACAGCCCGUGCCACCAAAUCAGCCGAAGCCACAGUCCAAAGGAGCUUCUUCGGUCGCUGAGCAGGCCAGUGUGGGUGAGAGGAGUGCUUUGGGUUCUAAAGAGUCUCAGAACAAGGCGACUCCUGCGCCAACCGAAAAACGAACUAGCCACGUCAGUGCAGUUUCUUCUGGAGCUAAUCAAUCAAAAAAAGGAGUCGGAGAAGGUGCUGGGUUGGAUUCGAACGCUGUACCAGGUGACUUGAAACAAGAGACCGUGACCGUGGAUGGUAAAAUUGUACCCACGAUAGAGGAGAAAAAGACUGACUCAUGGGUGCAUUGGGAGGAUUUCAAAAAAGCUUUCAAGAGUGUCAUACUGUAUCACAAACCACAGAGUUACCCCUACAGAGAAACAUCUUCCGAUUUCAAGGUCCACAGACUCUUUAAUCGACAUGGAUCGAUCGUGCAAUCAACUGCAACUACGUUUCAUAUGAUGGGGCGGAGAACUUCACUUGGAGGCCAAAGUCUGGCCUCUAAUCAAAGUUUAACCGUGCCCUCUUUUAACCUAAUGCCACCUCAUACGGGAGGUGGAGGGGGAGGAGCUUUCGCCCAGUCAGCUGUGGGCGGGAAGAAGGCUGCGGGUGGGGCAUCAGCUGGAGGCCAGAGCAAGCUAGGAGGGGCUCAAUCUCCGGCCAUGAGUGGUUCUGGUGACGACCGUCAGCCCAUUUUCUUCUCAGUGGACAGCCUCAAACCAAUCCAAGUCCUCAUCUCAUUCUCCGCUCUUUCCAAGUGGAUCGAACCAUCUUCAUCCUCCCAGGCUGGGUUCGAUUCCACUUCGGCAACCGCCAGUCAGCAAGUGGCCAGUGCGGCUCCUCUUCCUGGAACUCAGAAUUCUGCGGCUGGGAAUAAAUUGAGAAUGGACAAGAAGUCGGCUACGUUUCUGAGCGAGGCGCCCACUAUUUUCUCAGACCAUGAGUCUAACAAAGAUGGUCCAGUUGUAAGUGGUGGCAUCUAUGAGGCGUUCAAGAGGAGAGCGGCAUUCACUCCUGGUAUACUGGUAGCAGAACCCUACACUUGGAAGAGUCUAGUUAUAGGGAACCCUAUUUUGUCUGUUAAGACCACCGGCGCUAAAUCAGUACUGCUCAAUUUGGCCCCCGGGCGACAUAUUCUGCGAUUCCAUAUAAACGCGCCUCUGGCUUGGGUUGUCAAUCUGUGCUCAACAACUCGCUUCUACUUCGGAGACGAGGAAAACGUCAUGUCUACUGUCGUGAACGAAAGUCUGAGGUUCCAAGAGCAUGCUAUGCAGCUGGUACAGAAAAUUGGACGCGCGAUCCAAAAUUUUUCGGACCCUGAGAGUUUUAAGGAAGCCAUCGACGAAAUGAAGCAGUGCUACAACCCCACUGAGGAAAUUCCUGACAACAUCGAAGUGUUCCGCAAGGCAUUUUACAUGACAGUUGGUGACCUGAUGGGCGAUGCUUUGACCUCUGAUGCUGUCUUUGGUCUCAGAUGUUUGACAUGUGACCUUCAAACUGAGUCUGUUAUGGAAGCGGCUGUCGGCAGGAAGAACCCUGAAUCAGCGCGUGCUAACCAACUUCCUCGAACUCCGAGGAAAUCAUCGGUGUUUAAAUUUGGCCAUAAUGUGCCUCAUUUGAAGAAAAUAAGUGUUUCGUCCGCGCCCUCAUUAUCCUCCCCGUUGUUUCAACUGGGUAAAUCGACCACCAGUGCCCUGGAUAUCUGGAAAGAGAGAGAUCCCACAGAUGAAGAACUGGGCUCUGUUUCUACGAUUCAGAGUGCCUGGAAGGGAUUCUACACUAGGGCUGUGAUUGCGUCCAGGGAAAUUGGUUCCACUGAACACAACAAAGCACGUGAACAACUCCAAAAAGUAUGGUCAUUCCUUGAGAACAACAUGGACACCUGUGGCCUCACCCUUCUCAGGGCCAUGUUCCGACUGGAUCCAACUCAGCUGCAGAGGUUCCCGUUCUCCUCGGAUGAGUGGACCAAGAUAGCAUAUGCAGAUUACACUGGCCAGUUCGGAGAGCAGACUUCGUCCACGUGGUUUGUCCUGUUCAGAUCGGUGUUCACAGUGGAAGACCCCGUUUUGCUGGUACCCAAACUGACCUCCUCCAUUCAUACCGCCUUCCUCAGAGUGGUGGACAACGAUACAGGCAAAGAGAUACCCAAAGUGUUCAUGCGUGUCGCACCAUACACUUUCACUAAAAACCAGAAGGGCUACACGUUCUUCUGUGAGGCCAGAACCACCGACCUCCCAGUGGCUAAUGGACGAUGGAGGAUGCGGCUGAUUGGCAACCAGGCCCCCCUUCCCACCCCAAUUGGUGCAGGGGAGGUGAACUCCAAUCUGAACUCGAGUUUCUUCACCAGGGAAAUUAAAGACUACUACGUGCCAAAUGAGAAGAACAUUGUAUUCAGGUACUCGGUGAAGGUGACAGAAGACCACCUGUUGAGUUUCCAGCUGCAGACUUCCAAAUCAGAUGUGUACAUUGAACUGGAGAUCCUGGACCACGAGCAGGUGUUGUUGUCGUCCAGAGGAAAGGGACACACUGUCCUUCCUGCAUUUAUAUUCCACAGUGACUCUUCCUCUUCGUCUGGCGGAAGCAGGGGCGCAUUGGUAGACCGAAAGGACCCCGACGAAGCCGUGGAUCCUAAAAAUGCGUCGAAGACUAAACGUUCAGUGUCGGGAGAUAGAAAAGCGAGUGCAAACAAGAAGGCGACCGAAGUGCAGAUUGCGGCGGACCAAUCAGCUCCCGCUGAGAAAGAAGCGGAGCCGGAAACAAAGCCACACAAGUACAUUAUCCAGGCGCGUGUGUUGCGCAAAUCAUGGCCCAUCUCCCAAUCUGCAUGGGCGCACGUGGCCAUGCUCAAGGAACAGGAGAAAGAAGAAAUGAAAGUACGCGGCCGAAAGGAUCCAGAAGAAGCUAAUUUUGACGAAAGACCAGGCUCCUCUCGUUCUAAUGCGGCAGGUGGGGCAAAAUCUGCAAAACAGUCUACUUCAAAGAAUCUCAAGCCGGAAAAGUCAGCCAAGGGAGCACAAAGUCGUCCGAUUAGCCAGCAGUUCGACAACGAAAAACCUCAUUGGUUAUUAAGAGUCGUGAUCGACACAAGUGAAAACCAACAAGGCGACUGCGAGAUCAAAAAAGACACAGAACGAAUCGAGCAGAUCCGAGCGAUGAAGCAAGCUUGGGAACGAGCCGACCCCGGUAGGGCCGAGCGUGCUGCCGCUAGACGUGCGGCGUUCCUUGCGAAGUACAUGAUUCCGGUGGAUCCACCAGCAGUCGAGGCGGAGAGUGGUCGCGAGUCAGCGGCUACGAAGGCUGCCGACGAUAAAGAAUCGGCAGCGCCUGUUGAGACUGUUGUCACAGAACUCACACCAGAACCAGCACCAACCAGCAAGUCUGUAGCCUCUGGCAAGAGUAGAAAGCAGUCUAUGAACAGAGAAACAACACAAAUUACGGAGGACAGUGGGGCUGCUGGAGCGUCUGAGGUACCCGAGGUUCCGGAAGUUUUGACCCUGGAACCCCCGCCUGGGCCACCUCCGAAGACAGUUUUGAAGCCCCUAGAUUUGACCCCUUACACCAUUAAAGCGAAGGACGGGGUGCGAGUGUUGGUGGACGAGGAGGAGUUGAGUCGGGAGAGGGAGGAGAAGGUGAGGCAGUUCUCGGAGUGGAACCGAGUGAGGCAGGAGAUGAAGAGGCGGAGGGAGGAGGAGUUGGAGAAGCGGAACCAGGAGAAGGUCAAACAGAUACAGGACUACGAGGCACUACAGGAGAUGGUAGACCAGACCAGAGCUGAAAUUGCUGCUAGGAAGGAGGCCUACAGACAGAGAAUCCUACAAGCUGAACAAGAGAAGCAAGAUGCUUUAUCCGCCCUUGAGAACGGAGUCAACCUAGAGGCGGAAAAACCCACUUCAGCCAGCAAGAAGGGUGGCAAAAAGAGUCCCAAGAGCUCAGCCAAAGGAAGCAAAAAAGGAUCGGCCAAGGGCAAGAAAAAGUAGACUAUCAGAACAGUUCAGACCACAAGAACUAAAUCACACCUUAGAAACACUGAUCAAAUGGGUCUUAUAGUACAUGUCGAAUUGUAUGAAUCCUUCGAGUUUUAUCUGUAAACAUAUCAUCUAAUUGAGAAAUACAUUUGGAAUACCUUUACUCAUCUACUUU